UGAAAUAGACUCAUCCAAAUUUAGGUCAAAAUCUGCUAUUGGGUUAAGUAAAUACUGCUGUCAAAAUGUCUGCAGAAUUUGAAAGUGUGGAGAAAUCACUCAAAAAGCAUUUACCACCAUCUGAAUUCGCUGAAGUUAGACGAAUAUUGUAUGGAAAGGAAGUCAGAACUCUGAAUCUCCCGGAGGAUGCAUUGUCAGCAGCUGGUGAGCAGGACUUUGAGAUCCAAGGUUUUGGAUUUGAUGCUCAGCGAGAGGAAGUGCGGUCUCAGAGAAUUGUUCGUGUUGGGGCAAUACAGAACAAGAUCAUAAUACCAACAACUGCGCCAGUCCUGGAGCAGGUAGAAUCUCUUCACAAAAGAAUCUCAGAUAUUAUAGCUGUGGCUGCGAAAUGUGGGGUUAAUAUUUUAUGUCUGCAAGAAGCUUGGACUAUGCCAUUUGCAUUUUGUACAAGGGAGAAACAUCCAUGGUGCCAGUUCGCAGAGUCAGCUGAGGACGGUCCAACUACAAAAAUGCUACAAGAGCUUGCAAAGAAAUACAACAUGGUGAUCAUUUCACCAAUUCUUGAGAGAGAUGAUAACCAUGGUGAAGUGUUAUGGAAUACAGCAGUGGUCAUAUCAAACACUGGAGCUGUGCUCGGGAAGUCAAGAAAAAACCACAUUCCAAGAGUAGGAGAUUUUAAUGAGUCAACAUACUACAUAGAAGGCAACACAGGACACAAAGUUUUUCAGACACAAUUUGGUAAGAUAGCUAUUAAUAUCUGUUAUGGUCGUCAUCAUCCACCUAACUGGUUAAUGUAUGGAGUAAAUGGUGCUGAAAUUGUCUUUAAUCCAUCAGCUACAGUUGGUGCUCUCAGUGAACCAAUGUGGCCUAUAGAAGCCAGGAAUGCUGCCAUUGCUAACAGUUACUUUACUUGUGCUAUAAAUAGAGUUGGAACGGAAGAGUUUCCCAAUGAAUUUUCUUCUGCUGAUGGAAAACCAGCUCAUAAGGACUUUGGACAUUUUUAUGGGUCAAGUUAUGUAGCAGCACCUGAUGGUAGUAGAACACCUGGUCUAUCAAGAACUAGGGAUGGUUUGCUUGUUGCAGAAAUGGAUUUGAACCUAUGCCGCCAGGUGAAGGACAGAUGGUGUUUCAGAAUGACCCAGCGUCUUGAUAUGUAUGCAGAAGAACUUUCAGCAGCUGUUAAACCAGACUAUGUACCAGAUGUUGUAAAGGAAAAGUAAAAAAUGGUAAACCAAUCUAUAAACAAAGUUAUAAGCUAAGAGUUAGUCAAGGGAUAUAAGAAAAUGGUGCUAUUUUCACAAUACACAUACAUUCCACUUUUGCCGAGACCAGGAACAGAUUAUGUUUCUAUUUAUUUUUGAUAAUUUGAGUUUGUAACUUUAGAAAGAACUUGUAGAUUUCUUAAAAUUCAGACAACUACAUGUAUAAACUAAGAUGUAAUUAUUAA